UGUUUCCACCAAACGAAUCGUCAUCACCUCAAUCGUAGUUCAGACUUCAUCCGAUGAUAAACUAUUUUUGUUCAUAUCUUUUCUUUUGGUUACAUAAAAAUUAAUAAUAGUUUAAAAAAUUUACAACACCUCUAAAUGGAGAAUAAAAUUGUGUUUUUGUUUUGUUUGGUGGUGAUUUGUAGCGGAAUUGUGUUGGCUGAGCAGACAGGAGGAGGAUAUAUUUAUCAGAAAACUAAUUUACCUCAAAUCAACGACUUCUCCCAAACAAGACCACAUCACCAAACGGGCUCGCAGGCGUUUUCACAGGACUUACAGCCACCUCCGCUGCAAAAUCAACAACAACAGAAUAUAUUAGUCAGCAGCUAUUUCGACAAAGGUCAACAGAACCUUCAAAAUAUUCAUCGAAAUCCUGUCAAUUUUGAUUCGAAUUCGCUUCAUAAUCAUCAUCAACAUCAUCAGCAGCAACAGCAACAACCAUUUAAUCAACCACCACCACCACCAGCUUUAAACUUUGAGCUACCCUCCGUGAACGUACCACAGUUAAAUAAUGUCAACUAUGCACCACCACCUCAACUACUGUUCAAUCCGCAAGCCGAAAAUAAUGUCAUGCGAUUCGAAUUUCAGCUUUUGAAUGAGAAUCUGGGCAACAGCAUCGAACAGCAGGGCUGCAAUCCGGAACCAAUUGUUGGCCAAUUUAAACCAGAGCUGGUGGAUUUGGCCAAUGGUGGGCCACUGACACGAAUGAUAACUACAUGCGGACCAGGUAAUGAUUGCAAGACAAUUGUCCUGCAAGCUGAUUUAAAUCGAGUCCAAGCAGUCCUGCCAAAGCCAACAUCCAAUCAAUUCGGAAACGGACCGCAUCAGCAAGGGUUACAGGAGCGGUCAUAUAAUAAUAGAGUAAUAGAAGGUCGAGGUAAUGUGGCUGCAAGCUACUUUAGAGCUGAUGAAUCCAACGCACUGGUUAGGCCACCGAAUAGGCGUCUCAUUCCAUACACCGAAAUAGUUGACGACGAUAUUUACAAUUAAUCCAAAAUACAAAAAUGUCUGCGUGUGUAAGCUUUAGUGAAUUGUUAAUUUAUAAAAUACGAAACCUUUUGAAUUUUGAAAAUAAAUUAAAAUUAUUUUUUCGUUUCUUAAACAAAA